UCUCUCCCUCCUCUCUUUCUCCCUGCAGAGGGAUGGGCUGCAGGCUUCCUAAGCUGCGGAGGACUGGGGAGGAGAAGAGUCCCGGCAAGAUCUACUCCACCCUCCGACGACCGCAGGUGGAGACCAAGGUGGGCGUGGCCUACACCUACCACUUUCUGGAUUUCCUGCUGGGGAAGGAAGAGGUGUCUGUGUCCUCAGUACUGUGUCUGUCGUCAGUGAGAGAGUUACCAGUCCAGGUGAGGGAGCUGUAUGGUCAGGGCUUUGUCCUGGUGGCUGUCCAUCCCUUUGUCCACCCUUGUGGCCCCAGGCCUGCACGCAUCCAACGCCAGCUACACAGAGCUGUCCUCAUCAGAGAGACACACAGUUCAGAGAACGAGCUGAAGUGGGCGGGGCUUCGCCUGGAGACAGACGUGUGUGUGGCGGGUCAACAGGCCCCUGACCCAGAAGUCAUCCAGAACUACGUGAAGAAGAUCCAGGACAUGGCGGAGCAGGGUAUGCUGUUUGUGGGCUUCCUGCAGCAGCCUGGCGGGGGACCCUGUUUCCUGGGGCACUUGGACCCUGAGGACCUGUCCUCCCUGCACUCCAGCCCCUCCCCCAUACACAGACACCCCACCAGUCCCUCAGAACCCAUGACACUGGAUCCCAGCCCUACAGACUCUGCAGAACCCCACCAGAACCUCCUAGAACCAGAACACAACCGGAACACAGAAGUGAAAACACCAGAACACAAGUCGGUUGAACUCAGAACAAUUGAGCAGAACCCUACAGAUACCAGUCUGGUGGAGCUGGACUUGAGCUCCACAGGACCUCUAGAUCUCACACAGGACUCUACCCCAAUAGAAUCAUCAAACAGAGAACACGACCACAGUCCAGGCAAAAUAGCCUCAAUAGAAGACCAACCAAACCGCUGUCCAGAUGAACCAGCAGACUCACCAGAGAGACCCAGCCAAAGAGAUCCAGCUAGUGACCAACAGAACCACAACCACGCCCCAACAGAACUCCCUGGUGACCAGGAUCAACUACAGUCUGACAACACAAUAGAGACCACAUGUAUAGAGAGACAACAGAAUGAAAGCCAAGCAGACUUUCUCAGGAUUCUACUACCCAACUUCAGCCCAACAGAGUUAACACAUGGACUUGGUGGUCCAGACGCAGACAGACAGUGCCAGGGAGACAGACAGAGUCUAAGCCCUCAGACACAGAACCACAACCAGAGACCGGAAAUAGACCACGGCUCAGACAACCUAGUCCGGUCACCAGAACUAGACAACGGUGACCACGGGUCAGAGUCCGGGGCUGAGAGGGGGUGUAACCGUAGAAACGAGGGCACGGGCGGUGACCCGGGUGAGCAUCUGAGGAGCAGCAGAGUUCCGACCCACAACAACAACAAUCACAUCCGGGUCAAGAGUCCUGACAGAGAAAAGAGGGCUGUAGGGUCUCCACCAGCACAGAGCAGGGUGCAGGUGUUUGCCCUAUACAACCACACGGGGGAGCUGUCCAGCUCUCUGAGGUUCUACUCCCUCAGGGUUCCGCUGCAGCUGCAGAGAGAGGCAGGGCUAGUGACUGAGGUUGACGCCCACUGGCUGGAUCACAUGACUCAGCAUUUCACCAGCGGAGCUCACCUCAUUGACGGCUUCUUUCACCUUGGAGACGACAAUGACAGCGGGGUCUCCUCCGUGGACAGUGUGUUCAUCUUUCAGAGCUCCUCAGAAGAAACCCCACCCACUUCAUACGACGCCAUUGUGGUGGAGCAGUGGACCAUUGUCGAUGGUGUAGUGGUAAGGACAGACUACAUUCCCUUGCUCCAGUCUCUGGCUCCCUAUGGAUGGAGACUGACGUGUGUGCUGCCUACUCCCAUCGUUAAGACCAACAGUGAUGGCAGUUUGUCCACAAAGCAGAUCCUCUUCCUCCAGAGACCUGCCUUGCAACGCAACAGGAAAGACUUCAAGAAGUUGAACCUCAGGGGUCGGAACAAGCCGAAGAAAAACUCUGCUGGAGAAAUGCUAGAGAAGAAAGAGGAGAGAAAGGACACAUCCCCAGUGAUGGAGAGAGGGAUGGAUGGACAGAACAGGAACACGGAAGAGGAGGAGGAGAGAGAGGUGAGAAUGAAUUGUGAGAAGAAAAGAAAUGAGAAAGGGAGAUCCGUAGACAGAGAUGGAAUCAAGAGAGAAGAGGAGAGAGAGUGUGAGACAGAAUUUCAAGACGACUUCACCCAGGGUACAGAGGGCGGGGCCACAGACCUCAACCAGGAAGUAGAGCGGGGGAAUGGCAAAGCCCUAUUGGCCAGACAUGAGAAGGCCGUUAGGUUUGCAGAUCAGUUUGUCAAUCAGAGGAAUGAUGAAGAGAAGUCAGAGGAGAAGAUCACACAGCAGCUGAGUGAGAGAGCGCUGUUUUCUGGUGUAUGUUAAUUAGAUAGAAUUAAAUAUAAAGCGGCUGAGUAGGACUGCUGAUCUAGGAACAGUUUUGCCUUUUAAAUCAUAAUGAAUAAGCGGGGAACUGAUCCUAGAUCAGCACUCCUACUCUGAGAUGUGUUCUGAAUAACGUUACAGGCCCUGACCUGGGUUCAAAUAGUAUUUGUAUGAUUGCUUGAUUGAGCCUUGCCUGGAUGGAUCCAAUGGAAAAGUACCAAAAGUGCAAACCCAGCCCACCUGACACUCUAGGCACGCUCAGCAAGUUGUAAUAUUUCAAACAGCCUACUAUUUUCACCCUGGAAUGGAAAUAAUAAAUAUACAGAAUGACAGAAUAGGAUGAAGCACUAGUAGCUCAUCGAUGGAAACCAAGUCACUUAACAGAAUGGUGGUUAAGUUAUA